AUGAGCCGGAUCUAUCACGACACGUCAUUACAGAACAAGCCGGUUCACAACGAGUGUUUUGAUGGCGUCUGGUCGCCGUCCUCGUACGAAAGUGGAAAUGGAGUUCUUUUGGAAGGGAAGCUGCUGGAUGUCUCCAGACACACAAUUACUGAUGUUAACAAUCAAAAGAAUCGCUUUUAUGUGCUGUACGUCCAGCCCAGCUGUAUCCACCAGAGGAAGUUUGACGCCAAAGGCUUGGAGAUCGAGCCAAACUUUAGUGACUCUAAAAAGGUCAAUACAGGCCACCUCAUGUCCUCUUACAAGGUUGAAGCCAAAGGUGUAACAGAUCGUCUUUCAGAGAAGGACCUUUCCACAUUAGUCAAUAAAAGUGAACUCAUAAAAAUCACAGACAAUCACAAACCUAGUGGAUCUUGGGCCUUUUGGUACCCAGAGUGUGAAAUGAACAAGACAGAGCUUGAGACUGGACAAGAAAUACGCCUCAAAACUAAAGGCAACAGUCCUUUUAUAUUCUCUUUGGCAAAAAUAGAUUGUGGCACUGUAACAAAAUGCAACUUUGCUGGUGAUGAAAAUGCUGGAGCCUCAUGGACUGAUAAGAUAAUGGCCAAUAAAACUUCAGCAGACAGUGGGAAGGCCGGAGGAGCAGAGGAUGAGGAGUGGGACGAUUGA